CAAAGAAACUUACUAUAACGAUUAUCGAAAUGGACCGUGAAUUUUAUACAGUCUCUCUCGACAAUGGUGUCAGCAUUGCUUACACUGAUACCAAGCCUGAUGGGAAUGAGAAAGGCGUAGUGGUCUUGAUUCAUGGAUUCCCUCAGACUUCGUAUCAGUUUCGAAAAGUCAUUGGUCCUAUCUCCUCAGCUGGAUAUCGUGUGAUCACCCCAGAUUACCGUGGAGCUGGAUACUCGCACAGAACUCAGACAGGCUUCACCAAGACAGCCAUGGCAUCCGAUAUCCUGAAACUCCUUGACCAUCUCUCUAUCAAAGAUCCGGCCCACAUCGUUGGUCAUGACAUCGGCGGUAUGAUAGCAUAUACCUUUGCUUCACGAUAUUCCGAUCGCACAGCAUCUGUCAUCUGGGGAGAAUGUCCCCUCCCAGGAACUCAAGCUCACGAGGAUACCUGGAAAAUACACGGCGUCCAGCACUUCCACUUCUGGUUCCACCAAGUUCUCGAUCUCCCCGAAGCUCUCGUCUCAGGUAGAGAGGAGAUCUACCUCGGCCACUUCUACGACAAAUACUCGUACAACUCAUCAGCAAUUACCCAAGAAGACUUGAAUUACUAUGCCAAGAUGUUUAGUCGUCCGGGUGCUCUACGCUGCGGUUUCAAUAUAUAUAGAGAGUUUGGGAAAGAUUCGGAGGAGAAUCGUGAGUGGGUUGCCAAGUAUGGGAAAUGUAAAGUGAGGGCGUUGGGUCUUAAUGGCGGGAUGAACCAGUUCAGUGAGAUGGCUGAGCAGAUGAUGGGAGAAGUUCAUGAAAAGGGGACUUUUAGUGUUGCUUCGGUGCCUGAGAGUGGACAUUGGAUUGCAGAGGAGAAUCCUGAAGGGUUUGUGAAGGUGGUGCUUGAGUUUGUUGGCAAGGAGUAGACAAUCGGGUGAGAGAUUGAUAAUGAGAGAUUGAUAAUCUUAUCAUAACGAUCAGCAGCCAAGUGUGCUUAACGUUAUACUCCACAAGAUCUUCUGCUUGGCUUUAGAAAAUACCAUCGUAACAAUUUAGAAUUUCAGUAGAUAGUAGCAUGAUAUUUCUUAUAUCAAGGGAUCUGAGAUUCGAUUUAUUCAUCAUUUUGUC